CGAUAGUCAAAACGCUUCCGCCCAGGGGUCGGGUUCUCAGCCUUCUACUUCUAAGUUUGAGUCCUCAUCUUUUUUCCAAACCCGCAACCCCCCUCGUUCACCGUUCUUCUAAGAAAGUGGCCUCCCAAACGAGGGAGAUUGUCCCCUAGAAGCCCGUACCUCUCAACCAAAUGCCCGGCCACUUUGACAAAGAUACCGAUGAUUGGGAGGAAUGGGUUGAGCGGAUUGAGGACAUGGGCUUCUUUCCAAUCAAAUUUAGGCUUGUACGCCUUAUCCCCUCCAAGGUUCCGAAAAAGACCAUGAGUGAAAUCAGGCUUAACCUUCUAAACGGCUACCUUCUUCACUACAACCCUAACUGGCGAAGAUCUGGCGAAGAUCCGGUGAAGGUGGUAUCCUUCUCCCCCUUCGUCCUCUCCUUGUUGAUAUUUGUCUUAGCUUUUCUAUUCUGCCCUUUCAUUGUGCUUGAUUCUGAGUCGAUCUCGAACGAUGAGGAUUUGCUAAAUGAGCUGAAUGUCGGGGCCAGCCUUCCCCCGUGCCAUAGAAAUCUUCGAGGCCAGUUCCGAAUGAAGCUAUCCAUUGGACGAGUGCCCGAUGCUCUCCGAUUUCUGACCAUCUUCGCACCAAGAGCCGGUCACCUCAUUCGGAGAUGGGGACGAAAAAGAAGGUCUGUUCUGGAAUCAAAAGAUGAGCAGAUUUCCUGUCUCCAAGCCCAUGUGGUCUCCCUCAAGCAAGAGGUAAAAGAUCGGGAGGAAAUUGAGAAGCGCCUAUCUGCCCGGAACCUCUCCCUAUCAAAUGAAGCCACCCGGCCCGGUUAGAACAUCUCAUCCAGACAAACCCUAGUAUCAAAACUACCUGAAUCGGAGUCCUACUCCUACAUACUUCUCUCUUUAUCGAUCGCAAAUUCAUCUGUAUCUAGGUUUAAUUCAACGAUUCAUUUAUGCGCUCGGUUUGAGUACCUGAUUUUCACAUCCUUAUUAUUUCUUUCCCGUUUCAGAAUUCGAAUAGAUUUUUCCCCGAUGUAUAUGCUGUUAAUAGUAGCUCAGCAGCAGUGAUGGUU